AUGCAUUCAGAAUUUUCUUCGUUAAAACAUCCAAACAUUUAUGAAGCUAUUAAGAAGAUAUCUCAAAUCCAAUUAGAUAAAUAUAACGCCAUCAAAAAUAACCAGAAGAUCGAGCGCCAUAUAAAAACCGUUAUCACUGAUAGCUACAAAAAUUAUAUUCUUGACUGCUUUCAAAAAGAACUUGAGAAAACAAUUUUUUCUAUCAAACAAUACAACGUAAGUGAUCUUUCUUUGGCUCAGAACGAGAUUUCUCCAUAUGGUUCCAUAGAAUCGAGUUCAUUGUUCGAAAAUAUUCCAGUUCAUGAUGCAGAUAUACUCAAAUCGAUCGAUCUAACAGAUAAAGAUACAAUGAUCACUAAGUUUAUUAAUGAAAAAAGAGAAAAAAUUAUGGCAUUAUUUAAUGAAACAUUAAAUCAUCCAGAUUUUAAUUCAUCCACUCCAAUUCAAACUAAUUUUGAGCAAGCCGAUACAAAUCAAGGUUCAGAUGCUCCAAUUCGCUCCGAAAAUUCAAAUAUUGCAGACUCUACAGAUUUAGAACCAGAAAAUCAAAACCAUCCUUCUACAAAUCAAAUGUCUAGUAAUCUAGAACAUAAGCUGGACCUUCUUGAUCAUAUUGAAAAAACAAUUAUCGAAAAUGCGCUCGUUCUUGGGAAUUCUUCCUACUACAAAUGCUAUUGUUGGGCCGUCAAAACAAGUUUCAGUUAA